GUCGGACUCUUCGUAUCGCGACUUUGAAAAUGAUUUUCAAAGAAUAAAGUUUGUUCGCCAAGCCAAGAUGUUGCACCUAUAAAAGUAAAUAUCGGCUACAAUGUUUAUAAUAUUUGAAUUUGAACAAAACGUGCAUAUUCGAAGAAAAUAAAUCGCGUACUUGAAGCUUGUGUUUGUUUGCGUUUAAACAAGUAAACAAUUUGUGCAUGCCGCAAAGUACUGGACGUCUUGCCACAGCUUUGUUUAAACCAUCUACUACGCCUACACAAAACAUGAGAUUAAGACAACAAUAACCAGAUCGACAACAAUAAACAUUAACAUCAGCAAAAACGACUCGAACCAAUUUUUAUGUUACUUCGUUUGCUGCUGCGUCUAUUAAACUGGGAUUAACAUAUUCGAAUAGAACAAUGUAAGCGCACAACGGAUGAGCAAUUAUUUGUCAGCAUAAAAGGCAUUGAGGCUACUUCAUUUCCUGGAGAAACAAACACAAAUUAAAAAUCAGCAUGUCUUCCGGACUGAUGUCGUGUGUGCGUGAAAACUCGCCCCCACUCGAGCUGGAUCUCUGUGGACCAUCGGGUCCCUUAUCAUUGCCCGAGGGCAAUAGUCGAUCCCAUGGCUAUCACGGACCAGCAACAUCGACACCAAUUGCCAGUCCGGUGGCCGCAGAAGAUGCUAACAGUUCAUCGAAUAUGGAGCAUCAACACCAACUGCAGCAACAGCAGCAGCAGCAGCAGCAGCAACAAAAGCGCCGUCGCUUCCAUCCGCUACGCAAUUUGCGGCGGAUCUUUCGACGACGGACAAUCAAUAGCGCCGACAGUGCUGUCGUCGGUGCCACUGGAGAUUCCUCGGGCGUGGGAUCAGUUGUGGGACCCGGUUCGUGCAACACAUUGCCGCCACCAGCGAGCAGUUCAAGUGAGAAAAAUUUGCGGAGUGUUGCCGCUGGAGAUUCGCUUGGGGCAUCCGCCUCGUCGCCAGCAUCGCCUCUGACCCACCAACAGUUGCACGAAAGCUAUCAGACGCAAUCGCUGCCCAAGUCCAAAUCAUACGGCUCCCAUCGCGAUGAGCUGCUGAGCGUGUUGCUGGGCAAGAAGAGAGCUAGUAAGCAACAGUUGCAAUCGCAGUUGCAAUCACAGCCGGGUCAAGUACAAUCCCAUUCCGAGGCCAUGUAUCAGACGCAACAGCGACAGCAGAUGGGCGUGGCCGUCUUCCCAGAUUCGCUGGGCAUGAGUCGCAGCAGUUACUUUAUGGACAAGCGCCAUCAUCAGCGACAGCUGCGCAGCGUCGGGGAUUCUUCGCAGGAGCUGAACAGUGGCGAGGACAGCGGCGCCGCUGGAGGAGCAGUUGCUGACAUGUCCGACAGCCAACGCAGCCUCAGCGAGGGUCGACUCCUCGAUGUCGAUGUGGAUGGCGAUUACACACGCGAAACCCUUUCGCAAUCCCAUGACAGCGUCUUCUCUGAGUCAGCGACAGCCAGCAGUCUGUCCAUCGUGCUAAAGGCGGAGCUCACCGAUGUUCUGCGCAAGCGUCGCAAUCGUCCGGAUGCCUCUGAUGAGGAUUUGGGUCUGCCUCGCAGUCCGGCGUCGCCACAGCGUCAUGCAGCCGCCGGACAGAGUCGCAAGACAGCUGGCUAUCAGUCUCGAGUCGCCACUCAGGGUCACGAGGUGUCCUCAUUGAGUCUGCUGAGCUCCAACAGCACCGAUGGCGAGGACAGCAGCCAAAGCCAUAGACAGCUGAUGUGUAAGUCGAUGAGCUCCGACAUUCUGCGCUCCCAUGCACCCGAUGAGCAAGUGGAUGGCGUCAGUCUGGACCGUCAGCGAUUGUCGCAUGCGGCGGCCAAGCACAAGAUGGCCAUCAGGCCGGCCAAGAAGAAGGGUCCCAGCCGGCAGCACAGGAGAACUCUUGAGUCUUCGAUACCGGAGGCCAAUGAGGAGUUGGCCAAAUUUGGACAGACGCAGCUGCAAAAUCCCAGCCUUAGGGCUGUCAAAGAAACCGAUCUUAAGAGCAAAACACGCUCUCUCCCGCCGGGCAGCAGUUUGACUGCCACAAGCAACGUCACUGCCACUGCCACCAACUCCACUUCUACUUCCAACUCCAGCUCCAUUUCUAGUUCUCACAUGCGUAGCAAGACAAUCGAGCAGAAGAAGGCAACAACAAUCACCACAAUCAAUAGCAGCAACAGCAGCAACAGCAACAGCAACAACAAAAGCGAGCAACACAUGACAAGCACUUCGAGCACAUCGACAACAUCUUCGUCCGCCUUUGGACUGCGUGCACUGACCUUCAAGGCGGCCAAUUCCCUGUUCGAUGGCCGCGGCGAAUCCUCCACCGAUGGCGACGACAUCAGCAGCCAGCCAUCGGACUCGGAUCCCGGCUUUCUGCGUCGCCUGAUGCAACGCAAUUCGAAGCGCAGCAUUGCGCGUGCCAACGAUGGAGUCGAAGAUCUCGAUGCCACACACAAUGUGGCCAAGAAGCUUCAGAUCUCCACAUCGUGCCUGGAGGCAACGCAACGCGAACCCAUCCCAGUGCCCAACAAAUCGAAGAGCGCCACAUCGCAUGAGCAGCACAUUCAGGAGACGCGUCAGAACAUCAAGCGGGAGAUCCAACAGGAGGGCAAACACGGUCUCAAUGCCAUGGUCAGCAACUAUGGAGUGCAUCCACAGCCGCCGACAGCGGUCAAGCCCAAGUCUGGGCCUGCGGCAAGGCAACGUUAUCUGCCCCAAGAGCUGGCGCAGCACGAGAACACAGCCAGCGAUGUGACCAGUCUGCUAUCGAAGCAGUCGCGUGGCAACGACACUUUCCAAUCCACGGCUUUGGUGCGCGAGCAGACGCAGUUGAAGACAACGGAGAUCGCAACGACAACAUCAACGACAACGACUUCCACACACUUUGAGCGCAAGCCACGCAUUGUGGGACUCAGCGCCUUUCAGCAGAAGCUGUCGCGUUCGAGUGACUCGAUGGGACAGCACUCGAGCUCCUCGAAUUCGCUGGAGACGAGCACCGAUGAACCGUCUCCACUUUAUUACGAGGAGAAGCAACGCAAGAUGGUGGAGAAAUCGCGCAGUUUUCGCAACUAUCAGGAGGAGCGCGAGAGCAGCGCUCACGAAGCGUUGGCCGUGCACAACAAUAUGCCCAGUUUGCCGGAUCUAUCGAUCAGCUUCCGUGUGCCAGCCUCGUACUACAGCAAACAGCAGCUGUCAUCGCCGUCGCCGCAGUCCCCGAUGUCCCCAAUGUCGCCCAUGUCGCCGAGUGCCAAGUGCGCCUCGCUGGGCUUCGAGAUCAACGACAACAAGUUGCUGCAAGCGCGCGCCGAGUCCACGGGCAAGUUGCCCAGUCCGGCGAAGCUGUCGCCACAGCGCAGCACCACGUUGCUGGUGUCGAAUCCACAUCCCACUCCCAGUGCCAGCUCCACCAGCAUCUCACAGAUCGAGCAGAACAUUGAUUUGAUUGUCAAGUCGCCGUUGAUAAGCGUCUUACGCAAAUCGGGUGCGGUAAAUGAGCAAGUCAGCUUGGAGCAGCAGCAGCCACCGCAGCGACCCAAGGUACUUGAGCUGAAGCAGACCACAAGCAUAGCCAUCAAGGAGCCGAAGCCAGCGAGCAGUCCACCCAGCACGCCAGGCAAAGCAACAACUCAAGCUGAGACACAGCCCGAGUUCAUGAAGAUCCAGCUGAAUCGCGUAGAUCAGGCGCGUCUGCACAACAAGUCCAAUCAUCUGGUGCUGGCCAAGAAUGUGAAGUCGCCAGCUGAGCGCAGCCAGAGUAGCGAUGAUCUGAGUAUGCGGCGAUUAAGUGGCGACAGCACUGGCAGCAUACAGAUUGUGGAGCGCAGUCCAACGAAGAUGGCAACUCCAGCGUCGCCAUCGCCAGCAGCAGCAACCACACCUCACAGUAUUAGCCAACAACAGCGCGCUGUUAGCGCCAACAGCUUGCGCUCCAGCUAUGUGAGCACCAGUUCGGGGAGCAGCGCUGGCAGUAGCGAGCUGCUUGCUGCCUCGCCCAGCACACCAAAGAAGCCAGUCGAGAUUGUGGACAGCGUGCAGAGCAAUCGCUUUUCGCUGGAGGAACGCAAGCGUCUGUUCCUCAACGAGGAUAAAGCGCAGACGGAUCGCAAGCUGGUCGAGCUGCGCUAUGAGCGCAAGAAGUCCAUCAACGAGGAGUUGCAGCGCAAGACUGAAACCGCAGCUGCCACUCCAGUCUCUCCCAUCUCGCCAGUCAGUCCAGUGACGCCUGUGACUCCCGUUUCGCCCGGGGAUCAAUCCAAUGGCAAUGUUGUGGUGCUGCGCAAGAAAUCUUUUGCCAGUAGCAACAAUGGCAACAGCAACAGUUUGACAGCAACUGCAACGCCAAUUGCUGCUGCUGCCAACAGUCAGGAGGAUGGCACACCGGAGCUGAUGAAAGUCUUUGCUCGGCGUUCGCUUAAAGUCAAGGAUGACGAUGCGGUGGCCAUGGCUCAGGUGGCGGUGGCCACGCACAAGAAGAUCACCAAUGGCAGCCAGAGCGUUGACAGCGACAAGGAGAAUCAUUCCAACAGCGAGGAGAAGCUCGACAAAAUGCUGCCCAAGUACGAAGCACAGCUUAGUCUGGAGACGCCACGAAAUCACGCACAAAGUCAUGCGCCCGUUCAGACGCAAUCGAGUGUCAGCAAUCGCAGCUCGGUGGCCGAUUUUCGCAAUCUCAAUAACAACCAACAGCCAACCGGACAAAAGUUGGCCAAUCUGCCGCCCAUCAAGGUCAGCAAUGUGCGCAACAACAACACGAAUGUGGCCAACAACAAGGCGAACAGUCAGAGCCACAGUCCGAGCGUUAAGUCGGCCAACGAGCGUUACUCGCUGCAGCUGAAGCAGGCAACGCCAGCAACUGUUGCUGUCACAGCAACAGCAACAGUCGCCGCGACUGUAAAAUCAACUGCAGUUGAGGCAGAGACAGAAGCCACGCCCACCAAGGCAAUUGAACGCUCGGCGACAGUGGGCGAGUUCAAGGGCAUUCUUCAGCGACGCGCCGAGUGGGAGCAGCGAGUGAAAGAGGCGCUCAAAUAAAAGCGCUGUUAAUUAACAGAGCAAACGCUGUUAGUUAACAGCGCAACAUGCUGAUCAUGACUCCAAGUGCUUUUGUCUAGUGAUGCUCUCUAGUGUAAUACUAAACAAUAAACCAUUCUGAAUGCAAAACAUCCCCAUCCCAAAAAAAGAAACAGUCUCCACACUCAUUCGCCAGCACUCGUUAAUGCAUAGCGAGAAGCGAUUAAAAAGAGUACGAGAGUAACGAGUACUCGGAUCCAAAGAAACGAGUGGGAGACUCGACUCCGCGAUCGAUCUUCAAAAUGAUUACUUUAAAGGCUUUUCAACAUAGUAUCAUACAUAGUUCGAGUUUAAAUUGUUUGUGCAAGUCAAAAUAUUAUAUAACAUGUAAUAAUAAUCAGAAUAAAAAACAAAACACAAAAACUAUAAUAUACAAAUUUAAGGACUGUGAGUAAAAUUUACAAAAAUCUUUUUAUGAUAUUCGAACGAUUCGAUCUAAUUCGCUGUAAAGUUGAUAUUCUUCUCUAAUCUUAAUAUCUUAGACAUACCUAAGCUAGUUACAUAAAUACAUAAAUGCGAGCUUUCAAACCAGGAACAGUUUACAUACAAUACAUGAACUUAUUAAUGACUACAAUAAAUAUAUAUAAUAUCUGUAAUAGCAUUUAAUCUAUUAUUUUCAUACUCAUACACAUCAUAUACAAAACAAACAAUACUAUAAAUGCAUGUAUAUUAUUAAUAUAUCGUAUAUAUUGACAAUUGUUGCUGUUGGAAUUGGUAAACUGUUCAAGUUUGUGCAAAUCUGUUACAAAUCUAUUUACGAAUUGUUCAUCAAUAAUACAAAUCGACAACCUGUACGCUCGCUGGAGCAAUAUUCCAACCAUAUACAAAUAAAAAACCCUUCAAUA